AUGUUGGACGAGGAGGAAGAGGAAGAUGAAGUGGUGGACAAGGAAGACAUUCAGAACAACGACGAGGAUGAGCUGACUAAUAAUUAUGAGUUCAAAUCUUCUCCAAAUGAGAUUUCAAAUUCAUCGGUCUCAUCCAUUCUGACGGAUUCCUGCAGCCUGAUUGAUAACGUUGUGUCGAUGGAUUCGAUUUUUAGCUUGGGUGAAUCGGUUGGUAACGUCUACGACGUGUUGGAAGAUGUGAGUCGACCUGAAGUUGAGGACUUCACCCUUGAGAUUCCUUUGGAAUCCGACAUGGAGUUCUGGAACUUGCUUGAUGGGCUAACGGAACCUAACGGCAACAAUGGUGAAAAUGUAGCUAGUUUGUGUGAUGACCAGCUGGGAGUUCAAGUGGUUGACGAUGGCGAGGAUGAUGAUGACAAGCAAAAGUGGUUGCGUUACUUGGAAACCGAAUUGGGGCUGGAGGAAAUCAACAACAAUACUACAAACCAAGAAGACAACUCUACAAUUCCCCAAGUGCUAGAAGAGGGAAACAUGGAGUUUCUAUAUGAUGAUGAAUCACUCCCUUCACAUGAAAGUAAAGCACAAUUUGAAGAGAAUCCAACAAGUCCAAACCAGCCGCAUACUCAAGAUAUAUAA